CUCUUAUCCACAACAGUCUCUUCUAGUUGUCUGUCUUUGUCACAGCCUCUUCUGGUCAGCUGGCCUACUGUUGUUUCUUGUGACCUGACUUUGCUAUCUUGUCUUUGAUAUUCUCAGCUACUAUGAGCAUAAACCCCAGAGAAUAGUGCUCUCUGUUUUGUCUCUGGCCUGCUUGUUCCUCUGCUCUUCCUUGUUCUGUCUCUCUGCCUUUUUUCUUUUGCUGCUUUCUUAUUGCUCUCUUGUUUCACUAACACUGGAUUUUUACCAGACUAUGUUGUCAACUCUGAUAGCUCAGGGCCUUCUUAUUUUUCCCACUUGCUCUUGAUCUUAGCAGUCUCUGAAUUCUCACACCAUCACAGCUACAGCUGUCAUCUUGGUGAGGCAACAUCAUUGACAUUGAUCCAUCAUAACCAAAUACUCCAAUCAAUUUAUCAAUGCAUCUGUGACAUCUUGCUAUAUUUGAUGGAUUGAUUGAAGUGUUUGGUUCUGAUGGAUGUCU